AUGGAUUGUAUUACAUCCGCUCUUGCCGGCGCUUUUCGUUCCAAGAGACUUGUAUACAGAGCGAUUGAAGACAAUGAUGCUGACAAAAGCUUUCUAUAUACACAGCUGCAAUUGGACCCAGCCACAAGCGCCUUAUCGGACCCGUCCAUCCACCGUCCUAGCAACAGAAAGGAGAGUGACCAAUGGGUCGAUAUCCUCGUCAGCAAUCCACUUCUUUCCGUCAUGAUAUGUCUACCAGGCGAUUCUUUGAAAGAUUUUGUGCCAAUUGGGUAUAUUUCUAUCAAGGGUCUUCCAAUGUACCAGCGACGCGCAUCUCUGAGCAUUCAAAUCGCACCAGCGUACCAAAACAGAGGUUAUGGUUCCGAGGUGAUCAACUGGGCCAUGGAUUGGUCUUUCAAAUGGGGAGGGCUUCACAGUCUGACAUUGGGUGCAUCCCUCUACAACGAGAGGGCUGUUGCUGUCUACAGAAAAGCAGGUUUCAGACAAGAGGGCAUCAGUAAAGAGGCCGUGUACAGGAACAGGAAGUGGUGGGACACCGUGCAGAUGGCGAUAUUGGAACAAGAAUGGGAGGCGUUAAGAGGCACCAAGAACUAG